CUGUUUUGGGGAGACCUGGUGGGGCAAAUCCUUGGACACCAUGCUGACUGAUCUGGAGAGUGCCAUUAACUCCCUGAUUGACGUCUACCACAAAUACUCCCUGCUGAAAGGGAAUUACCACGCCGUCUAUAGGGAUGACUUGAAGAGGCUGUUAGAGACAGAGUGUCCUAAGUUUCUGAAGAAAAAGGAUGCGGACACUUGGUUCAAAGAGUUGGACAUCAAUCAGGAUGGUGGAAUUAACUUCGAGGAGUUCCUUGUGCUGGUGAUAAAGGUGGGCCUGGCAGCCCAUGAAGACAUUCACAAAGAAUAGCAGAGCUAUCGGGCCUGGGGCUAGGUCCCUGGACUCGUCCCCGCAGAGUAAUAAACUAGUUCA